AAUGGCACAGUUCACACUCAAUGUAGAGGACUGAAGGCACUGAACGUGUGACUACAGAUAACUGGCCAUGGUGUUGGCCAUGGCAUCUCAGGAUGUGCACAACUUCUUACAGCCUUUCUCUUCCUGGAUAUCUCGUGUUUAUGAAGCUCUCCAGCAAGCAGGAGAUACAUUAUCAGCUUCAUUUACUAACGUAAGCAAACCAGACUCUCACCUGAGUGGACAGCCAGACCAGGACUUUGAUGAUAUUCAGAUUCAGGAAACUUAUUGUGAAGAGGAAGUUCAAGACAAUGACUGGAGUCAAGAGGACACAAGGUCCUUGUUUCUUGAUGUGGAACAUGACUCAUGUCAUGACAGUGGUUUGCAGGAAUAUGCCCAAAGUUCGGGCACUGAGCUUUGCCAAAAUGCAAAUGCAUCAUAUUGUGUGAUAUCCCAGCGAUCUGAUCAGACUCUGGAUGACCAGAAGUCAACAUACAUACUUUCUUCCAUUGCUGAGGAAGUACGCCCUGAGAAUCAAAAACAUGACCUUCACCAUGGCUUUGACAGCCAACGUCCUGGUGCUUUACAAAAUGGGACUGGAAAAAAUCAAGAUAACGGCUUUGGGGAGGAUGAAGAGCUGUCCACAUCUGGCAGUGAUGAGAUCAUCAAGCAAUUUGAGAUUUCUGUGUCCCGGUCCCAGAGUUUCUGUGCAGUGGCCUCUGAGAAGAGAAAGGAGACAAGAUUGGAGCAGAAGCCAACAUCCAGCCAUUUUGUUUCUACCCAUGAAGAAGGUAGCAUCCGAGAGUCUGCUUGUGAAGAUUUGGAUGGAGCCAGUCAAGUAAGUCACCAUGAGAACCCGUCCUAUGGUGAAGAUCUCUCCAUCACUGCCAGUGUACACUUCCCUUGUAAAAGAGAGGAAAACAGGCUCAAUGGUGCAUCUAACAAAAGCCCCAGUCACCAGUCCACGGAGGAGAGCUUGGAGACAGAGACAGCCUCCAAUGGCCAGGGUCUGGAAGAUCCUUACGCCACUGAUAGCUCAUCCAUGUGGAGUCCGGAGGAGCAUGAUGGAAUCAGUCUGCAGGUGCCAUCUGGAAUCUCAGAGCCCAUCUCAAAGUGUGGUGACCUGGAUGUCCUCUUUGAGUACAGAUCUGUGACACGGAAGCUCACAGUAACGAUUGUGAGAGCACAGGGUCUGCCAGAUAAGGACCGAAGUGGUGUAAACUCCUGGCAAGUUCAUGUAGUACUACUGCCUGGUAAGAAACAGAGGAGCAGGACACGCGUGCAACGAGGGCCCAACCCCAUCUUCGAGGAGAAGGUCAUUUUCACCAAGCUAGAACCCCAAGAUUUGGCUGGCUGUGCUGUGCGCUUCCGCCUGUACGCUGCCCGCAAGAUGACCCAAGAGAGAAUGAUGGGAGAGAAAUUAUUCCAUCUUAGCCACCUGCACCUCACUGAAGGGGAAAUGAAAGUGACUCUGGUUCUGGAGCCAAGAAGUAAUACAAGUGGUCGAGCAACUCUGCUCAGCCCAUCUGCCGUUUCUCACAGUGAUAGUGCUUCAUCCACGCAGUCGCUGGCUCAUGGAGGGGUGCCAGAGCUACUGGUGGGGCUGUCCUACAGCGCCACAACGGGGCGAUUAUCUGUGGAAAUGAUCAAAGGCAGCCAUUUCCGAAACCUCGCUGUUCACCGGGCGCCUGAUACCUACGGAAAACUCUUGCUUCUCAAUUCCGUGGGUCAAGAGAUGUCCCGCUGCAAGACAUCCCUUCGCCGUGGUCAGCCCAAUCCUGUCUACAAGGAGACCUUUGUUUUCCAGGUGGCCCUCUUUCAGCUCUCUGAUGUCACAUUGAUGGUUUCCAUUUAUAACAGGCGUAGUAUGAAGCGUAAAGAGAUGGUUGGCUGGAUUGCCCUGGGCCAAAACAGCAGUGGAGAGGAGGAACAAGACCAUUGGGAGGAAAUGAAGGAAAGCAAAGGCCAGCAGAUCUGCAGAUGGCACACUUUGCUGGAAUCCUAG